AUGGAAGAGCAGAAGAAGAGGAAACUGGAGGAGGGUAAGAAAGAGAACAGCUUGGUGGAGAGCACCUCCCCCUUCCCCAUGAGGAGCAGAACGAGCUCUGGGUCGAUAAACUUGCAAAUCACGGAGACGAAGAAUAAACAGGGGGUCUACCCAAUAACGGAGAGUAACCUAAGAAUCCAGGAAGGAGAAGACAGAUGCGUCAAGGCAGAGGAGUUGUUAAAAAAGUACGUCAGUAAUGUUUUUGAAAAUGAAAGGACCCUGUAUAUUUACUGCAAGUAUGUGAUGCUGCACUACGGAAAGGAUCUAGUAGCUCCAAACGAGGUGGACUCUCUUGAUUUCGAGAUGAUAAACGGUGGAAUCACAAACAUCCUCAUCAAAGUGGAAGACACGUCGAAGCAGGCCAAGUACCUCAUAAGACUGUACGGACCAAAGACUGACGAAAUUAUUAACCGAGAAAGAGAAAAAAAAAUCUCCUCCAUUUUAUACGAUAAAAAUAUAUCCAAAAAGAUAUAUGUCUUUUUUUCCAACGGGAGAAUUGAAGAAUUUAUGGAUGGAUAUGCCUUAUCCAGGGAGGAAAUAAAGAAUCCAAGAUUUCAGAAAAUGAUUGCAAAGAAUCUGAAGCUCCUACAUGAUAUCGAGCUGAAUGACAAUCUGUACAAGGAGCUGCAAGUCACUCAGAAGGUUCCUGGGACGAGACCUUCCUUCUUAUGGAACACCAUCUGGAAGUACUUUAAUUUGCUGAAUGAAGAGAGGAAGAAAAUUUACCCCUUCGAUGCUAAGGCGAACAUUUUAAAACUGAUCGAUUUUGAUAUGCUGCGGGAGAACAUACUUGAGGUGGAGAAACUGUGUAGAAGUGAGAACUCACCCAUCGUGCUGUGCCACUGCGAUUUGCUCUCUUCCAAUAUUAUCAACACUGGGGGUGGCGCCAUAGAAGCGGGGGGAACGCUUGGCUCGACUGCUGCUGCGACUGCUGCGGUGGGCCCUCCUUACAACGCGCACAACGAUGCCGCUACCCUCGCCACCCCUGCCCACGAUGGGGAAACCAUCUGCUUUAUCGACUUCGAAUACUCCUGCCCCAUGGAGCGGGCCUAUGACAUAGCUAACCAUUUCAACGAAUACGCCGGAUUCAACUGCGACUGGGAUUUGACUCCCUCCAAGGAAGAAGAGUAUCAUUUUAUAAAGCACUACUUAGCCACAGAUGAUGAGGAAUCAAUUAGGAAGCUCAUCCAGGAAAUACAGCCCUUUUACAUCUCCUCGCACAUCAACUGGGGUCUUUGGUCCCUCGUGCAAGGCAUGCACUCCCCCAUUGACUUUGAUUUUAUAAACUACGGCAUGACUCGCCUCACUGCGUCCUGCCUGCCGAUUUUUAGAUCCAAGGUGUCCAGAAAAGCGGACCAAUGA